AUGCUCGUCCUCCUCGUUACAGGGGCGUUGCUGUUCAGCACCUACGCCAGUGCCAGUGGCACUUUAAUCCCCAUAACAUUCUACACGAACUUUGGCUUUGACUCCGGCUGCACCACGCCCAGUACUCUCGCAACAAACAUCUCCCUGGAACUUGGCGCUUGCGUUGUGACUCCCGGCCUGGGAUCUUUCCAUCUAAGCCCGUUCCCAUGCGCCAGCGGGUCGGUACAGAACUACGUCUUCACCGAUACAGCAUGCGGCCAAGUUAGCAGGGACUACUAUAGAGGCGGCGAUGGGAGCUGCUACACUGCGUACUAUGGGGCCAUGGCCGCAAUCAUGCUGAGCUGUGAUCAGGAGUCUCCUGAACCACCGAGCGCUACGACGACUAUCCCCAUCGCAGCGAUUGCCACGGGUGCCUCAUCCUCAACCUCUUCGACAACGCCGUCGUCUAGCAACGAGGGUGGAGACGACUCCUCGGCCACCAGCACCUCCACCACCGACACCUCCUCCUCCUCUGCCUCUGCCUCUGCCUCUGGAUGGAACUCCCUGGAUCUCGGCACACGUAUCGGCAUCAUCGUGUCGCUGGCUGUAGGGAUCCCACCAAUCAUACUCACCAUCUACAUGAUCCUGCAGAAGAGAAAGCGUAAGGCAGACGAACAACAGGCUCAGGCUCAUGGGACGCCCAUGCAGACGUAUCCUCCCUCUGCCCAUAUACACGGUGGGGGAGGCCUGCAUGGAUAUUUCCCGCUUGAUCGUGCUGGGAGCCAGCCGCAGCCGCCAGCGCCUACACCACAGUUGAACCGCGCUUACUACAACAUCGAUUUGGGAACGCGGGGGGGUUGA